CACUGAACGUAAUUAGCUAGUGCGCUGCUACACAUAAUACCACAAACUCAUUCUUAUCUUCUGCACUUCGGCAGCAAAACAAUACAGUGUCUUUUGUAAAAUGGAGAAAGCACAGCUGGUGUGCAUUCCCUUGCCUCUUAUGGGCCAUAUUGUAUCCGCAGUUGAGGUUGCAAAGCUACUUCUGACCCGCGAUCACCGACUCUCCAUCACGGUCCUUAUCCUCAACCUCUCUUUUGUCAACUCCAACCAGGUUCAUAACUACAUUGAAUCGUUUGAAGCUUCCUCUUCCACUAUAUCUAAUCGUCUCCAAUUCAUUGUUCUACCUGAAGACGAGACUGAAUUGUUUAAUUUCACUUCUUCUAUUGAGAUACAGAAACCCCAUGUUAAAGAAGCUGUGUUGAAGAUCACCCAGUCAAAGUUAAUCGCCGACUCACCGGCACCUCGACUAGCAGGUUUUGUUAUAGAUAUGUUUUGCACAACGAUGAUUGAUGUGGCCAAUGACUUUGGUGUUCCAUCAUUCAUUUUUUUUACUUCAGGUGCAGCUGUUCUUGGUCUCCUGCUUUAUGUGCAGAAGAUUCAUGAUGAAGAGAAAGUUGACCCUAUUGAGUUCAAGAACUCAGAUGCUGAGUUAUCAGUACCAAGUUUAGUAAAGCCAUUUCCUGCUAAGGCUAUGCCUUCUUCGUUGUUGAGUAGACAGUGGCUUCCUGUUUUACUUGACAACGCUAGAAGGUUCGGAGAAGCUAGGGGUAUUAUAGUAAAUACAUUCGUGGAGCUGGAAUCCUAUGCGGUUGAGUCUUUGAAAAUGAGUAUUUACCCUGUGGGACCCAUUUUGAAUGUGGGGUUGGAUGGAAGAAACACUCACCAAGAAAUCAUGCAAUGGCUUGACGAUCAGCCGCCAUCAUCGGUAGUAUUCUUGUGCUUUGGGAGCCAAGGAAGCUUUGGUGAGGAUCAAGUGAAAGAGAUUGCCUAUGCGCUAGAGUGCAGUAGGUAUCGAUUCUUAUGGUCCCUGCGACGACCAUCACCUCCGGGUCUCUUGCCAUCUCCAAGUGACUACGAGGAUCCACAGGAGGUCUUGCCUGAAGGAUUCUUAAAUCGAAUGACUGGAAUUGGAAAGGUGAUAGGAUGGGCUCCACAAGUGACUAUCUUGGCCCAUCCAGCCGUAGGAGGAUUUGUUUCACAUUGUGGAUGGAAUUCUGUGCUUGAAAGCAUAUGGUUUGGUGUCCCAAUUGCGACAUGGCCAAUGUAUGCAGAGCAACAAUUUAAUGCCUUUGAAAUGGUGACAGAGUUGGAAUUAGCAGUGGAAAUUAAAAUGGAUUAUAGGAAUGACAGUGGAGUAAUUGUGAAUUGUAAUGAAAUAGAGAGAGGAAUAAGAAGUUUGAUGGAACAUGAUAGCAAGAAAAUGAAGAAAGUAAAGGAGAUGAGUGAGAACAGCAGAAGAGCGUUAAUGGAUAGUGGAUCUUCAUACUGUUGUUUAGGUCGUCUCAUAAAAAAUUUUAUGGACGAUUUAACUUAAAAUAUUAGAUUUGGAACUUUCUCUUUGCUUCAUAAUAACAAAAAUAAAAUUCCUUGAUUGCUUAUCAAAAAAUUAUAAAUGUAUUACUUUUAAUUUUUAAUAUGCAUACACACAUAGUUUAUC